AUGGUCGACACACCGGUGAUUAUUCCCGUACAAGACCACGUAGUACACGGAGAUGGAGUCAAAUCACUUGAAAUAAUAAAUACUAGAUAUUAUAUGGUAGCAAUGUCGCCAAAUGCAAAAUAUAUUGUUGGUUAUGGUCUUGAUAACGAAUGUUUUGUCGGAUGGAAUAUUCAAGACAUAAAUGAAGGAAAAUUAGAAUUAGAUGAUACGGUUAAACCAUAUCGAUAUGACUUGAAAAAUAGGUCUAUAUUCAACUUAUCUGUCUCUGACGAAAAAAUAGUAGCGUUUACGUUAUAUAAAAAUUCUGAAUUAGAUUUAAUGAUUGAAUUAACUAUUUUAUCAUAUCAUUUUAAUACAAAAAAUGAGCUUAUCUUACUUGGUUAUAAAAAUGAUAAUGCUGAAGGAAUGGAAUUAAUAAGUAUAAAAAAUGAUAAAAUUUGGUUACGUAAUGGAAAUUGCAUAAAGGAAUCAAAUUAUAUAACUUGUAAAAAUAAAAAUAUUCGUAUUUUCAAAGACAGAAACGAGGUUAAAACGGAAGAUAUUCGUAUUUCUAGUAAUGAUAAGUUUACUUGUCUGAAAAUAAAUGAUGAAAUAAUUGUUUAUUCGGAUGAAAUUGAAAAGCCUUUUGCAUUAUUGGAUACAAAUUAUGGUAUACAACUAUAUACAUUUAUGAAACAACAUACUGACUUGCAAUAUUUGUUACUCUCAUUAAUUGGCAAUAUGUCGAAUAAUAAAACUUGGGUUUAUUGCUUAAACCAUAUAACGAAAGAUCCGUUAUUAAAGAAUAAUAAAACUUGGAAUUCCUUUUUAAAUCAAUUAAUGAAUAAUUCAUUAAAGUAUUUACCACUUCUAUUCUUUCAAAACCAUUUAUUUGUAAUUGUAGAUGAUUACGUUCUUAAAAUUAAAAUUGAUUUGGAGUUAGAUAUCAAUUCUUUAGAGGAAUUACAAAUGUAUGAAGAUGCAGAAAAUUGGAUGGCAUAUUUCGGAAUCGAAAAGGCUAAAAAUAACAAUAAUCCGUUUAUUACCAAUAUGGAGAUUGAUAAUCAAUUAUAUAAAUCUCUUUUUAAAUUUAAUGAUAAAACAUUAGUUUUACAGGAUAUUAAAGUAGAUAUUCAUAAAUAUAGAAAAAUUAUCGGGUUACGUGUUUAUAAAAGAGCUAAUAAGGAUGAUUAUUGGCAUUUAACUGUUGAAUAUGUUCAAAUGAUUAAAGGUCAAGUAAAUAUAGAUAUAUUUGAAGCCGAAAGGGUAAAUAACGAUAUCGGCAUCCUAACUAGUAUUGGCAUUUUUAUCUUCAAUAUGAGUGAAAAUGAUGAAAUAUCAUUAAAACAUUUUCAUUAUAUACUAUUGGAAGAAACUAUUUUUCAAAAGUACAAUGCAUUGAUCGAUUAUAAGGAACUAAUUAUGGGAUGGAUCUCAUACAUAAACAAUGAUAAAUUAGAUUUUUUAAAAUAUGGUCAUGUAUUACUUAGGUUUGCAAUUAAGGUGCAUGACAUAAAAUUAAUAUCUAAUAUUUAUAAAACAUGUUUUUAUAAUUUCAAACAAGAUUUAGAAAAUAAUAAAACUUUCUUGAGUAUUAUUACUACGACGAUGCCAUUAUUUAAAGAAUCUUAUCCUGACUAUCUUAUAAGAUAUUCAUUGGAUACAAACAUGAUAAUAGAUUCUAUGGAUUAUAAUGUCAGACAACAUUUACCCUUAUAUCUUCAUCCUUGUACUAUAAAGGAAAAUAUUUAUAGACAGCGCGAAACAUUUAUCGGAAUAAUUAUUUAUAAAUUAAUUUAUGUAUUCGAUAAUAAUAUUUUAGGUCGAGUAUUCAGCAUGCUUUAUUUAGCUAUGUACCAUCGUGAAUUAAAACCCGCAAUUACAUUUAUCAUUCCAUAUUUCAAAUUUGUUAGUUAUCCACAAAAAUAUAGUUGGUGGAAGGAAUUUAUUAAACCUCAACCUAGUCCAUUUGUAGAAACCAUAUCUAGAGAUAUAUAUAAAACAAUGAAUGGGGAAGCUUUGAUUAUUUUCAAAUGGAAUUCAUAUGGAAAAUUAUACUACGCGAUUAUAUGGACGGGAUUUAUGGCUUUACUUGGAUGUUUUACUGUUGCUGCAACAAUUUCUGAAGAUCUUAUAUUUCAAGAUAUUAGAAAAAACCUAUUGCUUGCCUCAAUGAUCCUUGGAUUUAUUCACUUAACUUUUGAAAUUCGUCAAUUCAUUUAUAAUCCCUUCAAGUGGAUUCGUGACUUUUGGAAUAUAUUUGGGUCAACUGAUCCUAAUCCAUUCAUAAUUCAAGCCCCUGAUGAAAAUACAAACUUGUUCAGUGAUUAUGGUACCUCUCUUUUUGCGAUAUAUUUAUUUUUAGCAGCGGAGAUUGAGUUAUUUUACUUACUUCCAUAUCAAAGACGUAGGGAAUCCUGGUUUCCUGAUGUAAUCUAUUAUCAUGCCGAUGUUGAUGUGGUGCGUAGAAGGGUUAAUGAACUAAUUAAGGAUAAUGAAUGGGGUUCGGUUGAAUUACCAGAGAUGAAUAAAAAACUAUUAGAUCAAAUAAAAAUUCAAAGAUAA